AUGGCGUGGGAAUUGCUCGGAGGCGGAUGGGAUCCGUCGUCAUGGGCUAGCCAAUGGCUUUCCCAGGUGUCUAUGGGGUCCAACAUCAGGUGCAGCCCGUCAGGGAUACCCCUCCCUGACCUCACCGGAAUCAAGAUACUAUCGAUUGAAGCCUACGAAGAGCGCAAUUACACAUACGUUCCGGGGAUAUUCGGAGCAGGCCUGCCAGGCUCUAAGCCCAUCCCAGAUCUGAAUUUCUGUAACGUCACCGUCACAUACACGCACCCCGGCUGGCACGAUACCAUCAAUGUGAACACCUUACUUCCUACCGAUGAUUGGAAUGGCAGGUUCACAGGAGUCGGCGGAGGCAAUCUCGCCACCGGGGGUGGUGAGGUAGCAGGGUUCUUGAUGAUGCCAAUCAUGGCGUCAGGCCAUGCAACUGCUACCACCGACGGCGGACACUCCUCAGACGUUCUUGGCCCUGAGGCCAACGAUCCGCCAUGGGCCCUUAUUAGCCCCGGAAAUGUCAACUGGCCUCUUCUCGUGGACUUCGCCUCGGUCGCACUGCACGAUACGGCCACCAUUGGCAAAGCCGUCACCAAAGCGUUCUAUGGCACGUCACCAAAGCAUUCAUACUUCUUUGGCGGCUCUACAGGUGGUAGACAAGGCCAUAUGCUUGCACAAAGGUACCCACAGGACUACGAUGGAAUUAUUGCUCUGUUCCCUGCCACGAACUGGGUAAAGUUCUUCUGGGCUAGCUACUGGCCGAAGUUUGUGAUGGAUAAAAUGGGCGUGUACCCCAAGCCAUGCGAGUUUGAGGCCAUUACAGCCGCAGUCAUGUUUGCUUGUGAUAAGCUUGAUGGGGUGGAAGACGGCAUCAUCUCUCGACUUGAUCUCUGCAAAUUUGAUCCUCACGAAGUCGUUGGCAGCAUCGUUGACUGCGACGGUACCGAGGUCUCUGUAUCCUCUGCGGCUGCGGAUGUUACCCAGGCAGCAUGGGAUGGGCCUCGAAGCUCUACGGACGAGUUUCAAUGGUAUGGCUACGGGAAGGGGACAGACUUGACCCAAGCAAUCACCGGGCCUAUACAAAUCAAAUGCACCGAGGACUCCUGCAAAGCCGAGGGCAACCCUGUCUGGGUACAUUAUUGGGUGAAGAAGGACCCGUCCUUUGACAUCAGCAAAAUCACACACCGAGAAUGGGACGACCUUGUCCACGCCUCCAUCAACGAAUUCGACUCCAUCAUCGGAACCUCAGACCCUGAUCUAUCAGCAUUCAAACGAAGGGGCGGCAGAAUGAUCAACUGGCACGGGACUGUGGACGCUGCGAUUCCCUUUAAUGGAAGCACUGACUACUACGAUCGUGUAUUGGCCAAGGACCCGGAGGCCCACGAUUAUUAUCGGUUCUUUGUGGCUCCAGGUGCUGGACACUGCUUCAAUUGCGGACCAAGCCCGCCUUUCUCCAUGGACCCAAUUAUUCACUGGGUAGAAGAUGGUGUGGCCCCAGACACGCUGCGAGCCUCUGGCGCAAAUGGCCUUGGUGUUCACGUAGAGAGAGAUAUCUGCAUUUAUCCCAGCAUUCAACAUUACGUAGGGGGGGGUCCAGAUGUCGCAUCAUCGUUUAGAUGUGUCUAA